AUGGAGAGGCUCAAGACAAGACUGCUAGAAUUAGACGCAUGCAGACAAGCAAAGCAGAAGGAUGCCAAGGCAUUGAAGCUGGCUGAGAUGAAUAGGAAAAACAGGUUUGAGAACUUCAAGAAUGCUUCUGAAUUGAAGCCGGUGAAUACAGGUUUGAAAGAAGGGGAGGCAGGUUAUGAUCCAUUUUCCAGGAGAUGGACUAGAUCAAGGAAUUACUAUGCUUCAAAACCUGGUGAAAAGGCUGCAGCUGCAAACAAUAUUGUCAAUGGCAUAUUCUGUGGUGGUCUUUCUGCACCUUUAGUUCUUUCAAACACAAACUUUAUUGCUCAUGAUUCAUCAUCACCACCACCACCACCACUUAUUGAGAAUCAUUCUUUGAUAUCGGGACUGAGAAUUCUGAUAACCAAUAUGGCUGAAAAAGUGCCAUCAUUCAAGCAUUGCGGAGCUUCUUGGUUUAUUGAUCUUGCAACUCCAGAUGCCUUAUACAUUUUUCCAGUUUUGACUGCAUUGUCAUUCUUAAUAACAGUGGAGUGUAAUAUGCAAGAAGGGAUGGAAGGAAAUCCUGUGGCUGGUACCGUUAAAAAUGUCUCUAGGGGACUUGCUGUUCUUACAGUUCCUUUCACCAUGGGAUUUCCAAAGGCAAUUUUCUGUUACUGGGUUACAUCAAAUUUGUUCUCACGUAUGUAUGGACUUGUACUUAAAGUUCCUGGUGUAAAGAAAACAUCGGGUAUUCCUGAAAUUCCUGUUGCAGCACCCACCAAUCCUCCUCAAUCUCCCUUUUCUAUAUUUCCAACUCUAAACAAGCUACAACAGCGACAAGUGGGCCAAGCUCAAUGCCAGAUGAACCAUCAAAACAUUCAAAUAAAAAGUUAUCUUCUUCUGCUGUUAUUAGUCAAAGGCUUAGAAGUUUAGAGAAACAAGUGAAUGGAAGAAAGAAAAACAAGAAGUGAGGAAAAUUUACUAAUUCCUAAAAAUUAUGCUAUCUAAUCAUAUGGAGUAGUUGUGCUCAGAUUUUUGUUAUAUUUUAUUAUCCUAGGAUGAAGGGAAAAUUAGUUCAAACUUUGUUAUUGCUAGUAAUUUUGCUUAGGAAGUUCAAAGUUUUGCAUUUUGUGUAGUUUACACACGACUGUAGAACUUGGUCGCUAUCAGAAAAGAAGACCUUCGUGAUUUAAUAUUUCUUUUCAUUAUUCAUUUUAAUUAUAGGAGUUGAAAACUAAAUUUUAGUUAAAUGCUCGAGUGAAAAAGUAAUUAGCAGCAUGACUAUUUAUAAUAAUAGUUUCAUGUUGAAUUACAUUUAAGAGCAAUGAAGGAAAUGUAACCCAGGACAAUAAUAAGUCACUAUACAUGAAUAUGGCUAUUAAACUAUCUAGGCAU